AAGAUUGACACGGAUAACAAAUGACGAACUUCGGCUAAACUUUUUAAGACGCGCAAACCGUGACGUAGUUUAUUAAAAUGUCUACGGAUUUCGACCUUUCCUGGUGUGGGGGCGAUGAAACUCGUGAUAUAACUUUGUUUGACGUAUUAUCAUUCAUCUGCAGUUAGUGAGAUCUUAUUUCCCUUUGUUGGAUUAUUCUUUGCUGCGCUCUACUUUCUCUGGUUACUAGUAACGUUACAGAACACGUUAUGAAGAUCAGUUCUGAUGUAGAACUUCUUCUCGGCAUUGGGUCAUAGUUUCUCUCUACACUGUUAUUCAUCCACCCUGUCAAGUCAAGUUCAGUUGCUGUGUAAACCAAAAUCAAUACAGAUUGAGGGUCAUGUACAAAAUGGAACAUCGCUGCCUUCGUUGACAAGAUUCUGAGGCGCGCUGGGGAGAAAAACCGAGGGUUUCGAGCUCACAUCAGUGCAAAUAACACAGCAACGUGGACCACGAAGAAACUUAAAACGACUUAAAACUGAAGCAACCCAACAGUAUCGUAGUUAAAAGUUAAAAGCUCACAUCCAGAGAAAAGAGAAAUCAAAACAACUCUUUACAUCCAUAUCAAGAUCACUAAACCAGAGUGGAGUUGUUCAAAGCUGAGCGAAAGAUGAAUUCAACAGUGAAUGCGACUGAUAUUGAAUCGCCAAACCUUGGCACCGCGUUCUUGGUCUCGGGUACAUUUUUAGCCGUGAUUUGUCCGUUAACAGUCCUCGCCAACGUUCUUCUCCUGGUAGCUAUCUACAAAGACUCGUUUAAUACAUUCCGCACGCCGACAGCUUGUUUCCUUGUCGGUUUAGCGAUCACUGAUUUGAUCACAGGACUGGUUCCAGAACCGAUGGUCACAAAUUGUUAUUUCAUGCAUUACAACAAUCACCCGGCCAUGAAAACACAGUGCCCGAAGAUCUUUCAAGUCGCUGGUAUUGUCGCUGCAAUCACCACGAACUCUUCUUUCCUUAUAGUAAUGGCUUUCACCUUCGCUCAGUACGUUGCAGUAGCAUUCCCACUGAAGUACAAGCGCCUGAUAAGCGUUCGUAAGACUUUAAUAUGUGUGGCGAUCAUCUGGACGUAUGCAACGUUAUUCGAAUUGUCGCAAACCAUUGGCGUCCCCAGAAAGGUGAUAGAAAAGAUCGACCUUCAUCUCCAUUCGACAUUUUCACUGCUUUUUACCAUUAUAACUUAUGUGCUUCUACAAGUGGCGUUCCAUAAGCAGAUGGCGGAACGCUCUGUCACCUUGCACCUCACCACUUCAGCAAGCACGUCGACAGGAGCGACGCUUGAAAGCCCGACGCGAAAACAAAAACGCAAACCAAUGGUCGAGAGGAAUUUUGUCAGGCUAAAUCUUCUCCUUAUUGUCAUAUUACUGGUUUGUUCCCAGCCGUCUGCGAUCCUGUGGUAUAUAUAUUUGUACGCUGGCGAAAGCACAAGAGAGAGCCAAACCCUUUUUGUGGUUCGCGUUAUCACUGAGAACACAUUAUAUUUGAAGUUUUUGCUUGAUCCGUUUGUCUUCGCAUGGCGACUCCCCAAGUAUCGCAAAGCUUUGAAAAACGCUCUGUGUCGAAGCAAUUAAGAUGACCGCGAUAAAAAAAGCAAGUACAGACUUCGAAAAUCGCACCCCAUAUGGGCCUUGUUAGCGAUAUGUCCGUAUUUAAGAGAAAAGGUGUGGCUUCUGUUUUAAGUUUUCUCCAGGUUCUGGCCUUUGGGAUUUUCUAAAGCAAUGUGAUUGAUUUAGCAGUUGACUUAAGAUUCAUUAUCCAGGUUUUAUUCGAAUUUCGCCGAUACUGAAUAGUCCAAUUAAACUAUAAAACCCACCAGGUUUGUGUUCCAAUAGCAACAUAAUCAAACCACGUUUUAAAGUUGAUUAAAAAUUAAUCAAUUAC